AUGUUCUUGGUGCGGAACAUGUAUGAAUUAGUGAAAGACCCCGUACAGUUUGAGUUUUAUAUUUUAUCUAAACUUCAUUCUGCUCUUAGAUAUGCUGGGCGGGAGCAUGAUAGUUAUAAAAUAUGCGAACGACUUAUAACGCUUUAUAGGGAAAAAUCUUGUAAAUUUGAAUUACCAUCUGGAAAACGAAUUCCAGAAAUUGAACAGGGAUCUCUUAACGACAUGGAUCCGGCUUACAGAUUAGCCAUUUUCCAGUUUAUAGAGGAUCGAACGAUGGACUCAUUGAGUAUUGGAAAACGUUUGUGUAUUUAA